AAAUAAAUGUAAAAAGUUUAUUUUUCGUAAUAUCCGGCGUGAACAUCACACUUCCUGUCUUCUUCCUCCGUGUAACAACAAUGGCGUCCUGUAGUGAGGUGUCUACUACAGCAACUGAAGAGGAACAGACUGAAUCUCUUGCAUCCCAGAAGAGAGAAGCGAGAUUACGUAAAUUUCGAGAGUUACAUUUCAAACGGAAUGAAGCACGUAAGCUCAAUCACCAGGAGGUUGUGGAGGAGGACAAGAGACUGAAACUCCCCAGUAACUGGGAGGCUAAGAAAGCCAGACUGGAGUGGGAGCUUGCUGAAGGCGAAAAGAAAAAGGACUGUGCUGCCCGAGGGGAGGACUAUGACAGGGUGAAACUGCUUGAAAUCACUGCUGAUGAUGCAGAGCGUUGGGAGAGGAAGAAAAAGAAGAAGAACCCAGACACCGGAUUUGCAGGUUAUGCAGAGGCCCAAUUCCGACAGUACCAGAGGCUCACCAAGCAAAUCAGACCAGACAUGGAAGGCUAUGAGAAGCAGAGAGAAGAAUGUGGUGAGGACUUCCACCCCACGACCAACAGCCUGAUCCAUGGCACCCAUGUGCCCUCAAAGGAGGGCAUUGACCGCAUGGUAGAAGAUGUUGAGAAACAGAUAGAGAAGAGGGCCAAGUACAGCCGACGCAGGGCCUACAACGACGACGCAGACAUCGACUACAUUAACGAGAGGAACGCCAAGUUCAACAAGAAGGCGGAGCGUUUCUACGGCAAAUACACAGCGGAGAUCAAGCAGAACUUGGAGAGAGGCACAGCUGUGUAGAGGGUCCAGGUCACUGCGUCAGCUUUGUCUUCAUUUAGUAGUCUUAGACGCAUCCUUUUCUUCUCCAUGCUUGCUAAAUGAUACCAGUAAUACAUGUAUUAAAAUGCUGAAAUAGACUCUUGAACAGUUUUAUAUCUUGGUGAGUUAUUUUGAGUUGAAAGACGAUUCAGUUAUUUAUGCGAUGUGAGGUUUUCCUCUGUACAAUAUUAGAAGUUAAUACAACUGUUGUGAUUAUUCUUAUCCUUCAUUUUUAAAUAAACCACUUAUCUUGCA